AGAUGGUCCCGAAGUCCUUAAAAACAGCCGGCACUAGCAUUCGCACAAACAUCGUCCGCGUCCACAGCACUAUAAACAUCAUCAAUCAGUUUCACGCACAUUCAUUUAAUCCGGGUGUGUAAGAGGCGGCGAGAACAUUGCACCUGGGUAUAGGGUGUCCCGCGACUGAGGAGAAGGAGAGUGUGCGUUCAAGGUUGGGCGGAGCGGCAGGUGCCGGGGUUAUCGCGAGCGGGCAGGGCGGCGGCGGCGCGCGCGGCGGUCGGGCACAGCUAGCGCGGCGGCGGAGCGAUGCGGGUGUGGAGUCUGCUGGUGCUGGUCGCGGCGGCGGACGCGGCGCGCCUGCUGGUGGUGCUGCCCACCAACACGCGCAGCCACCACGCCAUGUACGGCCGCCUCAUCGCCGCCCUGGCCGACCGGCAACACAAUAUCACUGUCAUCACACACUUUCCUAUGAAAAACCCACCAUCAAAUGUGGAGGAAAUCAGCCUCGCCGGGACGAUACCGGAGAUCGUGAACAACCUGACCCGGCAGUACAACUCGGUGAAGCCGGAGUUCGUCCACAACCUGGAGCAGAUCAUCAACGAGUGCGUGAUGUCUUGCGAGACGGUCUCGCAGAUGCCGUCGAUCAAGGCGCUGCUGAACUCGACGAUGGCAUUCGACCUGGUGAUAGUGGAGGUGUUCGGGACGGAGUGCUUCCUGCCGGUGGCGCGGCGGUUCCAGGCGCCGGUGGUGGGGCUGCUGUCCAGCGUGCCGCUGCCGUGGGUCAACGAGCAGCUGGGCAUGCCCGACGCGCCCGCCUACGUGCCCAGCUACAUGAUGGGCUACGGACAGCGCAUGAGCCUCUGGGAGAGGUUCUCCAACACUGCCGCUGUUAUUUGGGCGAAGAUUCUCUACAAAUAUAAAUCGCAGAUUCCGUCGCAGGCAGUAGCAGACCGUCUGUUUGGGCCCGGGCCGAGCCUCGAGACGCUAGCGCAGAACUACAGCCUGGUGCUGUCCAACAGCCACUUCAGCAUCAACGAGGUGCGCCCGCUGGUGCCCGCCAUGAUCGAGGUCGGCGGGCUGCAUCUAGACGACUCACAAACACUCACUAAGGACCUCAAGACGUUUCUGGACGAUUCAAAAGAGGGCGUGAUAUACUGGAGUUUCGGCUCCAUGUCCCGCAUCGAGACGCUCCCGGCGGACAAGCUCUCGCAGAUGUUCCACGUGCUGGCAGAGCUGCCGCAAAAGGUGCUCGUCAAGAUGAACACAGCCUUACUGCCGAAGGACAUCAAAGUACCAAGCAAUGUUUAUACCAAGGACUGGAUACCGCAGUACAAGACUUUAUGUCACCCGAACGUCCGUCUGUUCAUAUCGCACGGCGGCCUACUAGGCACGCAGGAGGCGGUGGCGUGCGGAGUGCCCAUGAUGACGGUGCCUCUGUACGCGGACCAGGCGCUCAACGCGCGCGCAAUGAGCGACCGCGGCUGCGCGCGCGCGCUCACCAUCAAGCAGAUCAACACCAGGACUUGGAGGGAGAGCCUGACCGAUAUAUUGAAUAAUCCGGCUUACAAGGAAAACGCGUUGAAAGUACGAGACAUAUUUCUGGACCGGCCGAUACCACCCCUAGAAAUGGGUGUUUACUGGAUAGAGUAUGUGCUCAGACAUAAGGGCGCGCCUCACCUGCGAUCGCCGGCUCUAGACCUACCACUCUAUCAAUACCUUCUAUUAGAUGUAGUGGCAAUAGCCUUAGCUAUCACUUUAUUAAUACUGUUCAUUCUUCACAAGUUAUUUAGGUAUCUUAGCACCCGAUGUUUAACGUGGUGGCCGAAAGAGAAGCUCAUUUUCGAAAAGAGUCUGUUGAGAAGGAAUAGUUUCCUUCUGUUCCUUUUAAAGUUUAAAAUUAAAACUAAUUAACCAGUGAUCAAUCAAUGCAUUUAAGUUAGAUAUUGUAAAUAAUUAAUUAGUGUAAGUAAGACUUAAGUAUUUAUAACAUUAAAAUGAUAUAUUUUUCUGCCAAUAUUUAUUGUAAGGAGUGGUAUGAGUGGUAACAGCUGAGCAUUAAUAUUAUGUUCAGCUUUAAUAAAUAUUAUGUGGUACAUU